CUAUGAUACUAAUGAUGAGCUUUCAAUGGAUUUUGAAGAUACAACUCUUAUGGCUACACCUUCAUCUUCAUCUCCUGUCAGUGAAUAUGAUGGUGUCUUUGAAGAUGUUGAUGGUAGUCUACAGUUUCAAUUACACAAUGUUUCUGAUUUCCAAGAUUUUGAAGUACUCUCUCGUUUUAAUCCUACACAUAUAGCUAGAGACUGUAUUUACAAGGACAAAAAGGCAUUGGAUUUCCAUUUGAAAAUGUAUGCUAUUUCAAAUCUUUUCCAAUAUAAGACGAGGACAUCAAAUAGAAAAGUAUUGCAUGUUGUUUGCUUGGAUGAUGAUUGUAUUUGGGCUGUUCGUGCAGUGAGGUUGGGUGGUUGUCAAAUGUUUCAAAUUAGAAGGUUUGACAGUGUUCAUAUAUGCUCUCUUGAUUUUAGACAAGGUCUCCAUCGUCAAGCAACAUCUGAUAUAAUUGCAGAAUUGAUAAAGAGUCGAUAUGCUGAUGCUUCAAGGAAACCGUAUGCUCCAAAGGACAUCAUCGCUGAUAUGAUUCAUAAUUAUGGCAUUGCUUUGCCAUACAAAAAAGCAUGGAAUGCAAAUAGAAAAGCUCAACAAAAGUUGAUGGGUUCAGAUGAGGAAUCAUAUCAGUUGUUACCAUCCCUUGCUCAUGUUUUGAAAGAGAAGCAUCCUG